AUGAACGAGAAGAAAGCGGCAACCACCACCGAAGUGUUCAGCCCAAGCAAAACAAACAGCAACGCCAAGACCUCUCCUCCUCUCUCCUCCUCGCCUGAAGAUGACUUGUAUACACCCACUACAUACUGGGGGAGAGUGCGGUGGCUGCAGCAGCGUUUGAAUCCUUUAUUGUUGUUUGCAUCUGAUGCGGAGGUAAAGAAAGCGCGAGAUAUCGCUGCGCUCAUCGACAACAAAAAAAAAAAUGAAAUUCAAAUACAAAAUCUAACAGAAACAGAAAUACAAAAUGCUGUUAUACUCAGAGACGCAUCCGUCAACCGCAGCAACGGACAGAUCCUCCCCUCUCUUCUCAGGCUGGCAGCCUAUGCCCCCGUCAAUAUACCCAUCUGCGCAGGUAACCUAACAGAAACAGAAAUACAAAAUGCUGUUAUACUCAGAGACGCAUCCGUCAACCGCAGCAACGGACAAAUCCUCCCCUCUCUUCUCAGGCUGGCAGCCUAUGCCCCCGUCAAUAUACCCAUAUGCGCAGGUAACCAACAGCAGCAGCAGCAGCAGCAGCAGCAACAGCAGCAGCAGCAGCAGCAGCAGCAGGAGUAG